AUGAAAAAUAUGGAAACAAGCCUGCCUGACGAGCACGGCAGUAUCGAACCUGACCAUGCCAUUGUCGAGCAGACGAAUGCAAACGCCAUCGGUCAAGGACUUACCAGCCCCGAACCCAACACUGAAACUACCAAUGCAGAAGACAGUAGUUCUGAAACUAGCAGCACAAGCCAUAACACACGCGAGCUCACAGCUGUAAUGGAUCCAUCCCACGGGCCAGUCAUGCUAAAUAUUCACCUCGAACCUUUCCCGGCUAACUGGCAGAACAAAGCCGGCAUUCCGCAUGCUUUUCAGCUCAGCAAGAAUGAACGGUGCAGGCUAUGGUACAACGCCUUUCGCACCUCCGAUCUAUACAUGAUCGGCACAAACAGAAUCCCCGAAACUUUGUACGAACUCGUCCCCUUCGCUUGGUAUAACGAGAGGAGCAUUGAUAACCUUCUUCUUCUUCUGUGCAAUCUUGCGGAGGAUUCAGAGCGCUGGGAACGGUUGACGUCGCCGGCUGGUGAUAGCGCUAGUGGUUGUGGCAUAGCUGAGGACAAUGAAGAUCACAUGGUUAGUGGAGAUGAGGAUAGCGUGGUCGACGACGACAAUGACGCGGCCGACGAGGAACCUCGUGACACUGACAAGGAGGAGGAGGAGGAGGAAGCUGAACAGGAUGGCGAUUCCAUGGUUGAUUGUAAUAAUGACGACACGCUCGGGGACGAGGACAAGGAUGAAGAGUGUACUACGCAGUGA